AUGGCUAUGACGGUAGAUGUGUGUGCUUGCCUUUCGCAGCAUAAAAGUACGUUACUUCGGGAACUAUGUGAUACAAAUGUAUUAGAUGUGCUGGUGAAAAAGGGUUUAUUUAGCGUAAACGAUUUAGAAGUAAUUACCAGUGCUAGUGGUAAUGAAAAGUGUAAUUAUUUUAUAGAAGUUGUUAGUAAACAAAGCGGUGUGAAGUUACAAGAAUUGUGUGCUGUGUUGAACAAUGAAUGUCCAAAACUAGCUAAGGAACUUAUGAACGAUCGACGGAAGUAUGUUAUAAAUGGUAAAUGA